AUGCCAGACAUGUGGAGACUGAGCAACAUGAUACCAUUCUACAAGAAUAAGGGAAACAUAGCAGAGUGUGGAAAUUACAGAGCGAUCAAGUUAACGUCACAUACCCUUAAGAUCUGGGAAAGAGGUAUGGUCAAGAGACUGUAUAAACUCACAACGAUUUCACCAAAUCAGUGCGGCUUUACUGCGGGAGUGGGCACUAUUGAUACAAUACAUACCUUGAGGAUACUAAUGGACAAGUACAAAGCCCUUAAAAAGGAUCUGCAUAUGGUCUUUAUAGAUCUGGAAAAGUUUUUGACCGAAUACCUCGUCGGCUCAUUUGGCAAGCACUCAGGGCCCAAAAAGUACCGGAACAGUACAUAA